AUGCCCAUCUGCGCCUCGAAGAGUGCGGUGCAGGUCAAGACCGACCCCACCCAAUCACCCGGAGAUCCAACAGAGACGGCGCGCCAUCGCCCGGGUCGUACUAAAAGCGUCCUCUCCGUCUCACGCACGCGCUCAGGCCGCUUUUUGGGCUUUGGCAAACGCAAAAAUUCAGCCGCACAAGUCUUUGGACAGCCCCUGGCCGAUCUCCGCACUGAGGGCGCCUCCCUCAUACCCAUCCUCCUCAUUCGCAUUCGUGAUUAUCUCACCUCCACCAACGGCAUCAAGUCUGAAGGCAUCUUUCGCAAGAGCGCCCCCAAAAAUGUGGAGGAUGCCUUCAAGCGCCUCAUUAAUCGCAACGGUGAUGUGCGCUUCGAGGAGUACGAGGAAGCCACCGAAUAUGUUGUAGGGGCCCUCCUCAAAGCCUUUCUGCGCGAGAUGCCCGAACCCCUUAUUCCGAGCGCCACCCGCGAUCUACUCGUACAAGCGCAUCAAGAGGCUGGCAUCAACCACAGCAGCCCCGAAACCACCUGUCAACAGUUUCGCCAGAUUCUCUUGCAGCUCGAUGAUCAGCCUCUGGCCACUCUGACGUUUAUUAUCAGCUUCCUCUACCAAGUCUCCCUCUUCAGCAAUGUCAAUCGAAUGACAUGCAAAAAUUUGGCCACCGUCUUUGCCCCUAAUCUCAUCCGCCGUGCCCUCACAGCCAAACGAUCAUGUUGUGCUUUCAACGGCAUGUUCGAUAGCGACGACAUCACUGACAAUGCCGCGCAGAGCCUGCAGCGAACCAUGAAAUCAGCCCAGCCCAUUGAGUUUCUCAUUGAAAUGUUUGAAUUUAUUCUCGGACCGCGCAAGCCAGAAGAGCUCUCACAGGAGAAUGCGAAUAUGCCACGCAGCACCGGAGCCCCGGCCGUCCCCAAGCCAGUCAAUGUGCAGCCAGCUGCAGCCGCUAAUGAGCUUGCUGCUGAACUGCAAGCGGCCCUCACGGGUGUGGACGAUGAGGAGGAUGACUCGGACCACAAUCACUCGGAUGACGAGUCGCAGGUGGUCGCCCCCAUUCCUGCUCCCAGAGCCGCUCCGAAGCCCGCUCCAAAACCUGCCCGCAGACCCGCUCCCAGACCCGAUGCCCACCCCGCCACUUCAACCACCGAGGCCGCGGAAGUCACAUCAGAGACCGAGGCUGAAAUGGAAUCCCCGGCUGUCGCGGUCGUUGCUCCCUCCCCAAAGACGCCUGCAUCGGGCAAAUCGCGACCACCCAACCUCACCAUUGUUGACGCACUUCGGUCACCUCAGACUCCUUAUCACCUCGAACGGCCCGACUCGGCCUCCAGCUUUGCCUCUUCACGGCCUGACUCGGCCCGCUACGUGAGCGGCAGCCCGGCUUUUCACCACGAAGGCGGUGGUGCCGAUGGCACGAAUCUGCCCGUGCCCGGCAUGUUGCUUUCUUCAGUAUCCCCAGGUGCUUCGCCCAUGAACUCUAUCAAUGAACGGCAACACCCAGUUAACAUCCUCACCCUAGAGCGCGCAAUGUCAGACCCUGAGGACGUGCCUUUGACUCCGGACAGCGUGACGGGUCAGCCAGCAGCUCGACAUAGCCUGCUCACUGCUUCUCCAGCCACAGCCCCAGGUCGCUCCUUGCGGGAGCGCAUGCACAACAGCCUGAGUCGCUUCAUCUUUGAGUCUGGCUUUACAACCAUUCAGAGCGCACUCCCCCAGUUGCGCCCACAGCUGGAUGCACCGGCCCCGUCUCUAGUCGACGUACCUGCCCUCGAGCAACACACCACAUCCGACACCACAGAGGAUCAGCCACCAUUGCCACCCAAGUCUGAACUACCCGUCGAAGCGACUCAACCCAUGCCAUCGGCUGUUCCAUCGGAAGCGCCCGUGGUUCCCGCACCGGCAUCCGACGUUGGUCCUCAACCUCGGGCAGGCUCUGCUGCUGGUGACUCGACGGACUCGGUGGAGAUGGACGUUGCCAACUUACCCCCGCGUGAUUCGGCAACGGAGGCAUUAUUGUCUCGCGUCAAGCGGGAAAGUCGCCGCCUCGGCCACAUUGUGCAAGCCUUUGACAAAGACUUUUACGCACAACAUGGCCGCAAGCCGAAAGGGCCUGAGCGCGAGCCCGUUGCGCAUACCAUGCGACAAUACAAGGCUCUACGUCGGUGGUAUAAAGCAGAUUCUCAAAGUCAGUCUGAGGAGCCAUCUGCCACAGCGGCCGCUGCUAGCGCUGCACCACACUCUCAGUCAGAGGCCAAGGCACCAGCACCCGAGCCGUCCGUGGAAGCUGCACCACAAGCUCCCGUGGACAGCGCAACCGAGGCUACCACGACUGACGCGCCCAAGGAUGACACCGCACCGGCACCGCCGUCAAAGCCCGUCGUGAUCGAAACCAGUCUAACACUAGAAUCCUCUUCGGCAGACUACCAGCGCGUGUAUGCCGAAUGGCAACAACAACAAGGCUUGCCCGCCAAGGAUGAGAGCAAGACGGCUGCACAAGUGGCACAAGAAAAGACAUGGCUCAAGAAAUUGCUGGCUCGGUUCGAGCAGUUGUUCAAGGAGCAUCAUAAACGGCGUGAGGGCCAGAACAAGGAGUUGGGGCAGCAUGAAGAGCACACGGCACCCGAGGACGAAGCGGCCCUCUUGCAGGAAAAGCAACAACUGCAAAAGAUUCUCUUCAAGUUUCAAACUGAAUUUGAAGAAACGCAUCAACGCAAACCACGCUCGGCGGCCGACAGAGCCCCGUUAGCCCGUGAAUUUGCCCGCUACAAGUGGAACUCGGCUGGCAACGAAGGUGGCACCCUCCCGCAUGAAGGGUUGGGCACCGGCGAUGGUGUCAAGCCCACGGUGGCAAAUGUUCAGGAUCAGAUCCUGCGGCGCCGCGCGCAGCGCCAUGUAGAAAACGCACGGGUGCCCAUGCUUUCGGGCCGGGAACGUUGGGACACCAACCCGCCUCGGGAUAUUACCACAUAUGAUGGCCCUGCCGAUGCCAUGAAACGGAAUGCGUUUGACGAGAAGGUGUCCAACUCCCUGCCCAGCAACCGGGACGUACCGGACGUGCGUCACAAGCAGUGCCGUGCUCUUACCUACGAUCUCGCCACCCUCCCAGACAUGUCCGUCAUCUUUGUGUUUUACAACGAGGCACGCUCGACCCUCCUGCGCUCGAUCCGUUCCGUCAUCAUUCGCACCCCGCCUUCUCUCUUGCAUGAAAUCAUCCUGGUCGACGAUGCUUCUGAUGACGAGCUGCCCGCCGAUAUCAAAGCCAUGGAUAAGAUCAAGUACAUCCGACUCCCAUCCCGCCAAGGCCUCAUUCGUGCGCGCACGGCCGGCGCCGAUGCCGCCACCGGCGAGGUCCUCUGCUUCCUUGACUCUCACAUUGAAGUCAAUCGUGACUGGGCCGAGCCACUGCUGCAACGCAUCAACGAAGAUCCCCUUCACGUGGUAACACCCAUCAUUGACGUCAUCAGUGACAGCAACUUUCGCUAUUCUGCCUCCCCGGUCGUGCGCGGUGGUUUUGAUUGGGGUCUGACCUUUAAAUGGAAGUCAGUGCCCCGCUCGCAGCAAUCCAGUGACCCGACGGCCCCCAUUGCGAGUCCGACAAUGGCGGGUGGUCUCUUUGCUAUGAAGCGCACCACCUUCUACGAGCUUGGUACCUACGACUUGGGCAUGGACAUUUGGGGUGCAGAGAAUCUGGAGAUGUCAUUUCGCAUCUGGCAGUGCGGCGCGCGCCUCGAGAUUAUGCCCUGUAGUCGGGUGGGACAUGUCUUUCGCAAACAUCACCCGUAUUCCUUCCCAGGAGGUGGCUCGGGCCACGUCUUUCUACGAAACAGCCUGCGCCUCGCCGAAGUGUGGAUGGACGAAUAUGCCGAGUUUUUCAAGAGCCGCAAAGGCAGUGCGGCCCGCAAGAUUGACAUUGGGGACAUUUCAGAGCGCCAGAAACUUCGGGAGGACUUACACUGCAAACCUUUUAAAUGGUAUCUGGACAACGUAUACCCAGAGUUGCGCGUACCCGACCCCAACCCCGUAGGUGAAGGACAGGUGCAAAGUGGUGGCUUUUGCCUCGACUCGGCUGGCAAGAGUGUGGGCCAUGCCGUGGCUCUGUACCGAUGCCAUGGCCUGGGUGGAAAUCAAUUGUGGACGCUGUCCCACAAUGGUGAAUUGGCGCACGAGGACGCCUGCGUCGGCGAACACACCACGCGCAAUGCUGACGAUGUGACCAUGCGGUCCUGCCCCGAGGAGGGGGACUCGCCCCCGAACAUGAAGUGGGAACUAACCGCAGAGGGCUUGCUGCGCAAUCAACGCGAUGGGCGCUGUCUGUCCCGACAAGGCGUGGCGGAAGGUGGCUUUGUCAAGCUUGGCUCACGAGCUACCUCAGGCCAUGUGUUAAGCACUGUUGAAUCACAAGUUUUAGCGCCAUCAGGCCGAGGGCCCCUGUCUCGGCCCCAGCUGAGUCCCCGGCCAUUUUCUCAGCCGACAGCAAAGAUGUCUUCGCGUCCAAGGCUCGGCGACAAAAUCAUCCGGACGCCCGACAAUGCGGACGUUGGAGAUCGCAUCUAUGCCAAUCGGCAGAGGCAAUCACCGUCAAAAGGCAGCCGCGCCAUCGCCAGGGGCACUACCAGCAGAGGCCGACUCAGGAAUCCUCACCAUCAGCGCGAGGCGCUAGGCUGGCUCCACCCAUCCCCGCGCAAACCAGUCAGCCCCGUCCCCAAUCGACAAACAUCCUCGAAAAUCAACUAUGAAUGCGACAUGCAACCCCUUGCGCAAUUGUGCACCGUGGAUUGUGAGCUCACGCUACGCAAGGUCGAGAUCCGUGCGCAGAUCCGUGGAGGGCAGUCGCUAGUCUUGACUUGUAGCAACGACAAAAGCUGGGAGAUUCACUGUGAGGACAUCUCCCAGUUUCAGAUUGCAGAUGAUGGCAGCGACUUUUAUGUCUUGAUCAAGCUGCACGCCAGCUCGAAGCCUUUGAACAUGGCGACAAAUAGUCCUGCGAAACGGAAGCGCCUGCUCUAUGUCGAGUGGAAGCCCAUUGAUAAGCGCAAGCGAAUCGAUGAGUUCAAGGCGGCCCUCGAGAAAACAAACUUUAUCCCCCGAACUACCAACAACCUGCCUUAUGCUAAGCUGCAAUCCAAUUUCAGAGACCCCGAACAUGAGCCCGCACGGUCAUCACGUGACUCGCGUCGGCGCUCCAGAAAGCCCCUGCUCAAACUGAAGGCCGCUGCUGAGACUCCCGAAUGCAUUGAGCUUGACGACGAUGAUGCAGUCAGCUCGAGCACCAGCCCUGCAGCUGCAAAAGUCGAUGCCUUUGUCGAGCCCCGUCGCUCUUCGCUAAGAACACGAUCCGAGGCGCGACGCCAGCGAGCCAACGUGGAUGACCCCCAAGUCCUGGGGACCUGCACUUGUGGCGGCGGCAGCUUCACUUUCACCCAGGGCGAUCUCAAUCGGCUCAACGAAGGAGAGUUUCUGAACGACAACAUCAUUAAUUUCUAUCUCAAGCAUUUGAACUCUCGCAUCACGGCUGAGCAAGCACAACGUGUCCACAUGUUUAAUACGUUCUUCUACGGCCGCCUCACCAAGCGCGGUAAAAAUACCACUUCUGGCUACGAAAGCGUUAAACGUUGGACGCGGAAGGUGGAUCUCUUGAACAAGGACUUUAUCGUGGUUCCCGUCAAUGAGUUUGCCCAUUGGUACUUGAUGAUCGUGUGCUACCCGCAUAUGGUCACGGACACAAGCCAAGUGGAUUCAACUGCCCCGGCUCGCGGGAAGAAUAAACCAGUGGUGACGAUAUCGGAGGAUGAGGACGAAGAGAAGGCCAAAUGCCCCAGUGAAGCGCACCGCUUAUUGAGCAUGAUGCCUGGGCGCCCUGCAGGGCGCAAGCCUUUGGACGAACCUUCGAAAACUUUAUAUCGGACCACAUCUUCAACUUCGCCAGACAAGCUGCGCGAGGCGUUUGAGACUCUACCCAUCAGCCUGGACACCUCGCAUGAUGAAGAGCAGUUGAAAGGAGAGCCCCAUCAGGAGCCAAGCCAGUGUUCCUCCCCCUCAACGCAAAGUCAAGGUGGUGACCCGCCGCAGCAGCAACAUGCCAAGAGCAUGGACGAGAACGCCAAUCCAACAUCGUCAUCCGAAGAUGUGCUGCUUCCGUCUCCUGUCAAGCUCUUCGAUCGCGACUCAACUGCGCUACGCCUAACAGAGCGUCGGCGCAAAGGCUCUGCCAAAUCUUAUGCAUCCAAAUCGUCAAGCGCCAAGUCCAGUCCUGCUGCUGCUAGAAAGCUGGGCAUGUCUGAGCGCGCGCCUUGCAUUCUGGUGUUUGAUUCCCUGCAAAGUAGCCACAAAGCUGCUCCCAAGCACAUCAGCCAGUACCUGCAGGCAUUGUGGAAGGAUCAAAGCUCUGGUCUGGCUCAGUCACAGCGGGAGGAACGCAACUAUUUGGAAAUGCCCGUUGUUCAGAUGAGCGUGCCUCAGCAGUCCAAUUCAUGUGACUGUGGUGUAUUCGUGUUGCAAUAUGUGGAACGAUUUCUUGAGGAGCCCAUGGGUCUGCUCGAAUACCCUUUGAGCGACUCGCGCUACGAAGCUCUCGACUGGUUUCCACACUCUCGCAUCGCGAAAAAGCGGUCCAAGAUAUCAAAGCUCAUUCUGGACGCAAUAGAAAUGCGAAGUGCCGAGCUCCACGCGGCAAAUGCCGCGGCUGGUGCUGAUGAAAGUGCAGCGGUCAGCGAUAACGAGGACCGAGCGACUGACGAUAAAUGUACAGAAUCAGAGGAGCCACCCAAACUGGUGGAGCCCGCUGUACCCCCGCGCUCAACGACGCCUGAAAUAGCAAAGACAGGCGUUUUUUGGUCAGAAGACAAUGACAUGAUGGACCAGACGCCUGACUCUGAAAGUCGGGAACCCGAGCCCGCGCCGGCGCCAACCGAUUUGUUGCCCGAUGUGCACAUCUCGCCCUCACAAUUGCAGACCUCGCUGCACGAGCCCGGACCUUCAUCGCCCACUACGUCACAAGCGCGCAGCAACAAGGAUCAAGGAAGCGAUAGUGACAUUGAAUUUGUUGAAGAACCGAAAACGGAGCAGGCAGCACAUUCUCGUGGCAAGAGACUAUCUAACGCAUCUGACACACAAACGACCAAGAAGAGCCACGUUUGA